GUGAGUUCUGCGAGGAAACGAAGCGGAAGAAAACGAAACCCCUAAGAAGAAAUGCGGACGGCUGUCGUCGCUUUCCUCCUAUUGCUCGGCUGUUUCGGCUUCCCGGCCGGCGCCCUCUACUCUGCCUCUUCCCCCGUGCUCCAAUUGAAUCCUUCCAACUUCAAAUCCAAGGUUUUGAACUCAAAUGGUAUUGUUUUGGUGGAGUUCUUCGCGCCGUGGUGCGGGCACUGCCAGGCCUUGACGCCCAUAUGGGAAAAGGCCGCCACCGUACUAAAAGGCGUUGCCACCGUUGCUGCGCUGGAUGCGGAUGCCCACAAAUCUCUUGCCCAGGUUCUUCUUCAAUCUAAAAAGCUUUGUGGUUUUCAUUGUUUCGCUACAGAAAGUAUUGGAUUUUCUCUAGCCGUUGAGUCGGUAAUCUGGUGCUUGUUGGUCCAUUUUCUUAACAGUCAGAUGCGGGACAUCAUUAAAUCAUGUUUAAUUUGUUCGAUCGCUUGGCACAACUAGAUUUUUUUUCCUUUU